AUUGAGGAGCGUUAACUUGACAGGUCGCACACAUGAGGCGGCACAGCAGGAUGUGAUCGUCACUGAUUCUGUAGUCAUGCAGUCGGUGCUGGGCUCCGAACAUCAAAAAUCUGGUUCAUCUGCACCAUGUGCCCUUUGGCCAGUGGACCUCAAGUUAACUCACUUGGACUGGAACCCUGACGCAACGUUGAUACACUUCCAGGGACAGUACCUUACCAUAUGUGAUCUUGACUAUAUCAUCUUGCAAGGGGAAAUACAGAAUGUACCAAAGACUAAAGCUGUGGUGGAUAUUGGAGAGUUUUGCCUUGUGGAAGAUUUGGAUUCAGGCCGCUGGUACAGAGGAAGAGUUCAAAACCGGAAAAAGGACUUGUUUGAUGUUUUCCUCAUAGAUCACGGUAACGUUUUGAGUGUCAACAUCGCCCACAUAUCUUCCUGUUCAAAUGACCUGUUCAUCCUGCCUCCCAAGAUAGUUUGCGGCUUUCUGGCAAAUCUUCUGCUGCUUCAUGGCAGUUCUCAUUCUGUAGUGGAGAAGUACUUCUCAAACCUGAUUGGAAGAAAUGUCAAAGGUUACAUCCAAGCCCUCUUGCCCCACAAAGUGCUCUUGUUGGAAGCCCCCGACAUUAACAUUGACCUCGUUAGACAUGGGUUUGGGAGGCAUGUGGACACAGAUACUUUCCUCCUCUUGGUUGGGAUGCUCACAGAGGUGCCACUCAAACAAAACAUGGAGCCAGUUCCUGACUUACUCAUUGAAAAGCUACGGGGGCAAGAAUUUAGCUUCAAACCGUCUGGUUUGCAGGGAUACAAAGACAUUCUGUCUCUCUGUGGGCCUAGAUUGAGUUGUGGGACACGUGCUAAAGUGCGUGUUACUGCUGCGGUCAACCCUGGACUGUUUUACUGUCAGAAGACCAGUAUGGAAACAGACCUUUGCGAAAUGUCAAAGAAGCUGGCUGCAGUUAAUGAGUGCCAAACCAAAGAAGGCAACCAGAAGACUCCAGAAAACCUGGGUUUACUGUGCUCAGUCAAAGGCAAAGAUGGGAACUGGUACAGAGGCUACGUGCAGUUUCUCCCAGUCAACUCUCAACUUCGAAUUUUGUUCAUUGACUAUGGAUUCUUUGAAUCUGUCAAAGUUGAGAACGUCCACAGGUUGCCACCGGACUUAUUUUCAACACCUGUCAUGGCAUUCCCAUGCUCGCUCUCCUCGCUGAGUGAUGAGGAUGAGGCGGUCAAAACUCAGCAGUUGAGUUUUCUCAAGGCAUCCUUGCUUGGAAGAGUGUUAGAUGUGGAGAUCAGAGGUUUUGAUGAAGGACAGCACCUGUACUCUAUCACAGUAAUUGGUGCUGAAGAUAAUAAUGUGAAGGAACCAGAGUCCAUUCAAGAGCUUCCUAGCAUGAAGGUUGAGUCAGUUUUGGAGGAAGAUCUGUCACCUCAGUGUGGCUAUUUCUACUAUGAGACAAUCAUGGGCAAAGCAGUGUGUAAAACACUGGAAGCAGAAGGGGUCCAUGUAAACUCUGUCUUUGUGGGCUAUGUCGAGUAUGUCCAGAAUCCAAGCCACUUCUGGAUCAGAACACAAAAACGUAACGAUGAGUUUGAAGAAAUGAUGAGAAAAAUGGCAGAUAACUUCAGUCAAGUGAAGCUGGGUGAAGACGUGCUGUUGAAUCCCAAGCUUGGGACACUGUGCUGUGCAGUGUAUGAGGCAGACAUGCAUUUCUACAGGGGUGUCGUGACAGACACUCUUGAGCAUGGAUCUGAAGUUCUUUUUAUCGAUUUUGGGAACAUUGAGAAAGUGCCACACAUGUUGAUCAAGAAGAUACCCGAGACAUUUGCCAACAAAUCAGCGUUUGCCUUCUGUUGCACUCUUGUUAAUGUGUUUCCGUUGGAUGAAGUCUGGACCAGCACCACCUCUGACUUUUUCAGACGAGCUGUGUCAAACAAAGCCCUGCUAGUCCAUGUUAUCCAAAUGGGAAAAAACAAAUUUGCUGUUGAUCUCCAUGUCAUGGAAAGUGAAGACAAUCCAAGUAUCACUGAGCUCCUGAUCUCUUCCAAACAAGCUGAAUACUGGAACAACAUUGCCAUAGAGCAUGUGGUGCCAAACCACACAGAUUUGACAGAAAAAACAAGAUGCCCAAGAUAUGGUGUGACAUCAGACCUCAAUGGGAAUACAGAGCAACUGAAUGAUUGUGAGAAGGAAGAGAAAACUGAGAAGGCCCAAGCACCUGCUAGCUUCAAAGCCUUAAGCAUCAAGCCAGGGUGUAAUUUUGCUGUGAAUUGCUCUUACAUCAAGUCCCCAUCAGAUAUCUGGUGCCAGCCUUUAGAGAAACGUCCAGCCUUGGAGGAACUGAUGGAUGAACUCUAUCAAUAUUACUCAACUCACACAGUUCCCUUCCAAUCAGGGGAUUCAUGUUGUGUCGCCAAGUCACCUCAAGAUGGAAGAUGGUACAGGGCCUUCAUCACAGAGAAACAGAACAGUUGUGUCAGAGUGAUGUUGGUUGACUAUGGCUUUACCAUCCAAAUCAAGGAGCACAAUCUUCAGGCAAUAAUGCCAGAAUAUGUUUCUUUGGAAGGACAAGCUUUCAGGUGCAGCCUUAACAACCUGCUCGAACCUGUUGACCCCAAGAACAGUGGGGAUUGGAGUCCGGAGGUGUGUAAGACACUGAAAGAUUUUGUCCUUAGGACCAGUGGUCUAAGAUGUGAAGUUGUCUCACAGUUGAAUGUGAAAAACAAAGGGCUCUGCAAUGUCGUGGAACUCUACAACACCCAAACCCAACGGAGCCUAACAAAUUUGCUCUUUGAACAGGGCGUGCCAAGAGAAGAGCAAAUCUCGGCAAAGCAACUGUCGACCGUGAUUCCUGAGUCUUUUGGCUACUCUUCACAUGAUCUAAGUCCUGGAAAUGAGGAACAAGUCUACAUCACUCACGUUAGCAGUCAGUGGGAGAUCUACUGCCACCUUGAGAGAGACACUGAAAUCAUUGAAGAGCUCGAAAAGAAAAUCGCAGAUGAGAGUGAGAAAAUGAUGCAGGCCAGUACGAGAGCAGUUGUGAGGAAGCUGGCCCUGGCAAAAUUCUUUGAUGGCAAAUGGUACAGGGGCUUGGCACAUCCUGUUCAGUCCCCUCAGCAUCUCGGGGUGUUUUUUGUGGAUUAUGGUAACACAAUCAUAUCUGAGAAGACCCAUGUCAUGUUUGUCCCCAGAGAAUCUGCUGAUUUGUUGUACACACCCAUGCAGGCUGUGAAAUGCCACCUUGCUUCAGUGUCCAAGAAAGAGCGCUAUGCAGAGGAUGAACCUGCCAUCUUGAAAAUGGGCGAAAAUCUCAACUCGAGUAUCUUCAGAGAUUCCUUGAAGACUGCUACAUCUUUGAGAAUAAAUGACCUGGUUCUGGCUGAGUAUGAGGAAGACGGAGCUCUGUAUCGUUCUGCUGUGAAGGACUGUGAAGGAAGUUCCCAUUUCAAAGUUGAGUUUGUGGACUAUGGAAACUCCGCAGUUGUGGGCAAGGACAAGAUCUACUCCAUACCAGAGGAGUAUCUCUCUCAUCCAAGAUUCAGCAUGGCAUGCUCCCUGUUGGACACAAACGUGUACAAAAGUGAUGUUCCUUUCACCGAUGCUGUAAUGGAGAAGCCUCUCAUGGUUCAUUUUGUCUGUCAUGAAGUUCAUUGGGAAGUCGAGGUUGAGAUUCUUGAUGGAGCCGUUUGUGUUCCAGCAGCACUGGAAGCAGCUGUUGAAAGUAACACUGAAAGUGAAAAGGGAGAGAAGUCUCCUGCGGAUUCAAUUGAAAUAGAAGAGAAGGCAAGAUCCCGUGAGCAGAACUUCCUUACAAAAGAAGUGAGUGAGAAAAAAACAGCUGAAUCCCAAGGAACUACUAUUGAAGAUAAAGGCCUCAUGCUGAAACCAACACCUGCCACACUGUCACCUGAACUAGAAGAACACAGAACAGCGCCCACCAUAAACAAAGAAGAUUCUAAGAAGAAUGCAAGAAUGACAAAAUCAACAACAAGUGGAUGUGCCGAUGCACUCAUACCUCCGUCUAUUCAGGCUAAAGAUACAGAGACUGGUACAGUUCUGUCGGUCCUGAGUAACAGCAACUUUUACGCCAGACUAAAUAAGACCAGUGAACUGCUUACUGCAUUGGAAAGUCUUAUUGCUGACAACCUAUGCAAGUGCAAGAUGGUGGCAGAAGAGGAUGUCAAACAGGGCCUAAAUUGCUUAGUUCAGGUGGACAAGCAUUGGCACAGGGCUGUUUUUCAAGAUGUAGGCUUGGAAACAUGCCAGGUCCUCCUCGUGGAUCAUGGAAUAACUGAAAAAAUUCCAAGUGGCUCAAUCCGACACCAGUCUAGCAUGCUGGUAAAAAUCCCGCACCUUGCAGUUUUAUGCAAAGUGAACUGCCUUGGGUUCAGUGAGGUAGAGGCUGCUCCUGAAUUGUGGUGUGAAAUACUCAAACCAAUGAUUGGCAAAGAAGUCCAACUGGUGUUUGUGUGUUAUUCAGAAGCUGAAAAACUAUGGAAGGUUGAAAUCGUCAUCAAUGGACUGUUCCUCCUUCAUCAAACCACAACCUCACUGCAGCCGAAUGAAGAGAUGGUCCCAUCAACUGCCCAAACCCAAAAUGAGAAAGCGGAAGGAGAAUUCAACUUGGACACGAGCCCUACUCAGCAACUUGUCUUUGCUCCUAUUGACAUAGAUAAGUUGUAUUCUGGGUUUGCUGCCGCAGUGACGACUCCCUUCGAGUUUUGCAUCGUUCUGGAGGACUUACUUCAUGUCAUGAACAAAGUGUCCUUAAUAUUGGACGACCUCCCUGAGCAAAUGUCUCCUCUUCCUGAAGCCCACCUCGUCCCUGGCACUUGCUGCCUGUUUAAAUCGGACACUAAGAAUAAGUGGUGCCGGGCCGAAAUCGCAGACGCCAACACCACAGCAGUCUUGAACCUGGUGGAUUACGGCCAUUACGAAUGCAUCCCGUAUGAAGACUGCUCCAAGCUGAAGAGGGUUCCUGGGGAAUUAACGAACCUCCCAAAGGUGACGUACCCUUGCGUUCUGAGAGGGGUGAAGCCGGUUGGAGUGGAUGGACAGUGGACCGAUGGAGCAGCGGUCUUCUUCCAGCAGGGGUUGUACCAGAAGAACCUCCAGAUCUUCUUCAGAGAGUUUGUAUCAAACACACACUGGAAGGUGGACAUUCUGGCAGAUGGCGUCCAUGUCGCCAAGGAGCUGGUGGAUGCUGGACAUGCCAAUUACAUAGACGUCAUGCUAGGACUGAGGUUCCAGGAACAGAGCUCCUGUAGAGCAGCUCCUCAUAGCCCUGACAGUGAGGAAGAGUGUGGUCAGGAAGAGGAAGGCUUCAACGGGAAGGCAGAUCUCUUUGCUGAGUCCACUGACAAAUCAGAGGGGAAGAUGCCACUCAGCGUUGUGCCUGAAUGUCAUCAAUGUCUUCUGAUGUGA